AUGAAGAAAAAUAGCAUCAGCACACAAUACAGUUUUGUAAACAUUCCCAAUGUGAUUGUUCCAGAGAUUGAAAAGGAAAUAAGAAGGAUGGAAAAUGGAGCAUGCUGCUCCUUUUCUGAUGGCAAUGACAGUGCCUCUGUAUUUGGAGACUCAGAGAGUGAUACCCCUCAUGCAAGGGAUUCCUCUAGAAGCACCUCAGGCAGAAGGGGAGGACCAUCACAGAGGGAUCAGUGCCUGCCUGGUGCCAUUGCACUUUUCAAUGUCAACAACAGCAGCAAUAAAGACCAAGAACCACAAGAAAAAAAGAAAAAGAAAAAAGAAAAGAAAAGCAAGUUGGAUGAUAAAAGUGAAGAUAAAAAGGACCCAGAAAAGAAAAAGAAGAAAAAAAAAGACAAAGAGAAGAAAAAGAAAGAGGAGAAAGGCAAAGAUAAGAAGGAGGAGGAGAAAAAAGAAGUCUUGAUUAUUGACCCAUCAGGAAACACCUAUUACAACUGGCUGUUCUGCAUCACCUUACCUGUCAUGUACAACUGGACUAUGAUUAUUGCAAGAGCGUGUUUUGAUGAACUUCAAUCUGAUUACCUAGAAUAUUGGCUCUUUUUUGAUUACAUAUCAGAUUUAGUCUAUCUUCUCGAUAUGUUUGUACGAACAAGAACAGGCUACCUAGAACAAGGACUGCUGGUGAAGGAAGAACUUAAACUCAUAGAGAAAUACAAAUCAAACUUGCAAUUUAAACUUGACGUUCUAUCAGUGGUACCAACUGAUCUGUUGUAUUUUAAACUAGGGUGGAACUACCCAGAAAUUAGAUUAAACAGACUGUUAAGGAUCUCUCGUAUGUUUGAGUUCUUCCAGAGAACAGAAACAAGGACAAACUACCCAAACAUCUUCAGGAUUUCUAAUCUCGUUAUGUAUAUCAUCAUCAUUAUCCACUGGAAUGCAUGUGUGUACUACUCUAUUUCAAAAGCUAUUGGAUUUGGAAAUGACACAUGGGUCUAUCCUGAUAUUAACAAUCCUGAAUUUGGCCGUUUGGCUAGAAAAUAUGUAUACAGCCUUUAUUGGUCUACACUGACUCUGACCACCAUUGGUGAAACACCACCUCCUGUGAAGGAUUCUGAGUAUAUCUUUGUAGUGGUUGAUUUCUUAAUUGGAGUGUUAAUUUUUGCUACCAUUGUUGGCAACAUAGGUUCCAUGAUUUCCAACAUGAAUGCAGCCAGAGCAGAAUUUCAAGCAAAAAUUGAUGCUAUCAAGCAAUAUAUGCAUUUUCGAAAUGUAAGCAAAGAUAUGGAAAAGAGAGUUAUUAAAUGGUUUGACUAUCUGUGGACCAACAAAAAAACAGUGGACGAGAAAGAAGUCUUGAAGUAUCUACCUAAUAAACUAAGAGCAGAGAUUGCCAUCAAUGUCCACUUGGACACACUCAAAAAGGUGCGCAUUUUUGCAGACUGUGAAGCUGGUCUGUUGGUGGAGUUGGUCUUGAAAUUACAACCCCAAGUCUACAGUCCUGGAGAUUACAUUUGUAAAAAAGGGGAUAUUGGACGGGAGAUGUACAUCAUCAAGGAAGGCAAACUCGCCGUGGUGGCAGAUGAUGGAAUCACUCAGUUGGUGGUAUUGAGUGAUGGCAGCUACUUUGGUGAGAUUAGCAUCCUUAACAUUAAAGGCAGCAAAGCUGGCAAUCGAAGAACAGCUAAUAUUAAAAGUAUUGGCUAUUCAGAUCUCUUCUGUCUUUCAAAAGAUGACCUCAUGGAAGCUCUAACUGAGUAUCCAGAUGCCAAAGCUAUGCUAGAAGAGAAAGGGAAGCAAAUUUUGAUGAAAGAUGGUUUAUUGGAUAUAAAUAUUGCAAAUUCUGGAAGUGAUCAUAAAGAUCUGGAAGAGAAGUUUAACCAGAUGGAGGGGUCAGUAGACCGCCUACAAACAAGGUUUGCUCGGAUCCUUGCUGAGUAUGAAUCAAUGCAGGAGAAAUUGAAGCAAAGACUAACCAAGGUUGAGAAGUUCCUGAAACCAAUUAUUGACACAGAAUUUUCAGCUAUUGAAGGCUCUGAGGUUGACAGUGGGCCUAAGGAAUCUAUACAGGACUGA